UGAUGUAAGAGACGGAGGGAGGGAGAAAAGAAGAAGUGCGGAGAAAAGGGAGAGAGAGUGACAGAGCCGCUCGGAGCUCUGAUGUGCUCCACACUUUCGGAGACCCAGACAGAGAGCAAGUCCCCAGCGGGGAUCCAAACAGAGAUUAAAUUUGACUCCAGCAGAAGUGGCUGGGGCUCCAGGAUUCAGCACCUUGGACAGCUCAGCCGUAGGAGAGCGCGCAGAGCCCGGGUUUCCCUCAGCUCCUGUCCUUGCCGGGAUCUGGUAUUCUGUAGCCACCGCUCUCGCAUGCGCCGCAAUGGGCUUUAGAGUGUCCAUUGCAUAAUAAAAGCAGAGAAUGCCCUUGACGACCGUGUGCGCUCAGCUGUGAUUAAAAUGAUUGCACGGGAAACUGAGGGAACAGGGCAAGACUCUAAUUAAGCCUUUUUAUGUUUUUUUACCAGAGUUAAAAGUGUCUUUUUCAACAUAUAGACCUUGAAGAGCUUUUUGUGCUGCCAUGGGGAUAAAGCACAUUCUCUUGCUGCUUAUAUAUCUCGACCCCCUCUGCGUCCUGAGCGCAGCCACGGCAAGUAAAAAGCCUAAACACGCGCCCAGGAAAGCCCCUAAAGCCACAGUGGUCCCCACGGUCGUCCCGCUGAAGAUUACGCAGCCGGCGCCCGCCAGGGACCACGACACCUGCCUGGGCUACUACGACGUGAGUGGCCAGUAUGACAAGAUGUUCGAGUGCAACAACACGAACCACCGUUACUGCUGCGGGACGUGCUACCUGCGCUUCUGCUGCGAGUACAAGAAGGAUCGACUGGACCAGAAUGCCUGCAGGAACAACCAGACGCCGGACUGGGUGCAGGAGUUCAUCCCAUCGCCCACCCCAACCAUAGACACGUACGAACUGAGCAUGGAUCAGACCAACACCGCGGUCUACAUCACCUGCGGGGUCAUAGCCUUCAUCAUAGUUCUGGGUGUGUCGGUUAAAGUGGCUUAUGACAAAGCUACAGAGCCACCUCAGGAAAUGAACAUUCACAGGGCCCUUGCAGAUAUUCUGAGGCAGCAGGGGCCCAUUCCUAUUUCCCAAUAUGACUGUGAGAAUUUUGCAGCAAUGAACGGCUCGCCGAAAGACAACACGCCCGUCAGAACCUUGUCGAAGAACCACUACACUCCUGUGCAUUCCUCAAAAUCCAACCAUGGUCUCCACUAUGGGAAAGAGAGCAUCCGGAGCAGCGGAGGUGGUGACCUUCACAACUUCAUCUCCUCUGGCUUUGUGACGCUUGGUCGAGGCCAUCAGAAAGGGGAAAAACAUUGGCCGGUCCGCUCCCAGAGUCACCAUGGUACCCAUCAGCACAGCUAUAACCAUGUGGCUCUAGGUAGCCCUGCACGCACACCUAAGAAUGCUCACCGAUCAUUGAGACGUGAGAACAAUCGGAUAAGUGGCAUCCUGACCUCGCAGACGGAGCCCUACGACCUGUCUUUCUCGCGCUCCUUCCAGAGCCUGUCUCAUCUGCCACCCUCCUACGAGGCGGCCAUCAAAGCCGACCUCAGCCGGUUCUCAUCCCUGAAGAAACUCACAGAUAAAGAAGUUGAUGACUACUACACCCGUAAGCGCCACCUGCCUGACCUGGCAGCAAGAGGCACUCUUCCUUUGCAUGUUCUCAAAAUGAGUCAAGAACAGCAUCGGGAACAGCAACAACAGCAACUCCAAAACCAGCCCCCACAGUCCAGUAUCUCCCAGGUCCCCACUCAGUCACAGUCCACACAGCAGCAAUCCCAGCAAAGGCAGAGGCCUCGCCGUGUCCAGAGAGCCAUGUCCCAGGACCGUGUCCUGGUCCCACAAAGUGGUCCACAUCAGGACUAUAACAUGUCUCCUGAGGGCAUGUCCCCCUAUGGAGGCCGAAUUCUCUCAGAUGAACAGCUUCUGUCUGCUGAACGUCUUCGUUCCCAAGAGCGUCUUCUACCACAGGACCGUCACACCUCCCAAGAUCGCCUGUACUCCAAGGAUCGCAUGUAUUCCAAGGAUAGACUCCUGUCCCAGGAGCACUUGUAUUCAAAAGACCGCCAUUACUCUCAAGAGCGCCUCUAUUCGCAAGACCGCUUGUACUCGCAAGACCGACUCUUGUCCCAAGAUCCUCUCCUGUCGCCAGACAAGCUGAUGAUGUCAUUGAAGCGUGGCAUGGUCAGCAGCGUUUCUGGUGGCUUCCGCGGCAGUGACAAGUCAAUUUCUCGCACCAUCUUGCACACUGACGUGUUCACCCCAUCCACUCCACUAAUGGAUCGUUACAAGAUGACCAAAAUGCACUCCCAUCCAAGUGCCUCGAACAAUGGUGGUAGUGGCGGUGGUAGUGGCAGUGGUGGUGGCAGCGGGGCACCAGGGACAGAGGUAGCUGUGCAUUCCAAUACUUUAGCCAUGAACCAGACAGCAAAUAAGAGGCAAGUUUUUGCCUCUAGACGAACUCACACUGUGGAGCAGCUCCACUAUAUCCCACAGCACCACCAGCAGCAACAACAGCCACAACACUACCGCACAGGCAGCAAGACUGAAGUGACUGUGUAACAGCAACCCCAACCUGAACUGUGCUGGAAGAAUCACCGCUGUACCAGACAGUGGGGUUGAUUGCAGAACAUGAUUACACUUGCCACCUUGUAGAGUAGGAAGUUGUGACUUAAUUUUCCUUAACUGAAGAUUCUAGGACCAAGAUCAUCCACUAGCUUACUGUGAGACCGGAACAAUGAACUACACUGUACACUGCAAAGCAUGCCCAGCAAGAUUUGGAGCCAGUUAGGGUUGUAGAAGGGGUGAGGUUGGGAAUUGUCAAGUUAACCUGUCUAAUAUAACGUCCAGUUUCUGGAUAAACCUAUUUGUCCACAGUCUAUGGCCGGCCUCUGUAUAUGUUUUAGUGGAAACAUUGACUGUGUCUGUUUAAGCCUUUAUCAAUCCCCUUUGUCCCAAAUCUGUGACUUUUUCUGGCAAAUCUUAAAGGGCUUUGCAUGGUUAUAGACAAGAACUGAUUCCUCUGUGACUUCUGUUGUGCAACACAACACCAUCACAGGCAAUGAACAUGAGGGAGCCUGUUACAUCAUUAUAAAUAUAUAAAUAAAGAAAUAAAAUAAAGGGAUAAAAAUAAUAUUUUUACGCCCCAUCUAAGUACUAGUUCUAGAGAAUCUCAAGAAACUGAAAUGGAUGUUUUCUGCACUUGUAUUUGGUGCCUUUGACAGAUGUUCCGUUUCUGAAUACCAAGUGGUUUUGUGGGUUACAAAGCACAUUCAAUAGAAAAUAUUCAGUUUUGGUUUAUCUUUGAAUUUCAAUAGUGAUGGCUAGCUUGUUUUGUUUUUAAAACAAUGACAUUUGUUUCCUUUUUUGCUUCCAGUAGACAAUUGUAAAUAAGCUAUCCUAGAAGCCGUAUCAUGGACAAAUCUGUACUGGAUGAACUUUGUAUUAGAUUGUCUGUUUUAAAUAGAUCCUAAACAACUAUAACUCAUCAAUGUUUUGUGAGAUCAAGAUAGAAACCCACUUAACCGAGUAACUGACAGGAUAAUUACUGUGUUUCUUUGAAAACUUGUUUGGACAAGCACUGAACGAAUGUGCUACUAACAAAAGAUAUACCACGUUCAUGUUUGGAUGUAAACUGUAUUCCAUUGAUAUGGGAAGACUGGAUUUUUAUUUUUUUUUUGGAUACAGAGUACAAGGCUUGUCAAAUUAGGGUCAAAUAAAAUCAUCCAUAUUUUUCUAAACAUG